GUCGACUGGGCCCUUUAGUUUGUCCGAAUUUCCGGAAGGCUCAGGAGAUAAUCUAGGCCUCACCAUCUUUGACUCAGUCAGUCAUCUUCUAUCUUCAUUGAAUUGGACACGCGACGCGAGUAUCCAGUUUUCUGCCCGCCGGACUCGAAGCGAGCGGCACCCCCGUUGACGACGGGGACGACUCAUGAUGACCGUUCCGGAUAAUAGCCACGCCCCGGAUGGGGCCGAUCGGAUAAUAAAAUCCAGGAGCAGUGCUUCCAAGCCAAGCAAACGAGGAACUAUCCGGUGGACAGUUGGGCUGGUGGUGCGGCUCUGUAUCUGGUAUGCUCUUCUUACGCCAUUCCUGCGCUGCCCUUCUCAGCUCUCCGACCUUACGGAUUCCUCGCCGCGAGUAUGCAAACCAUACCUUGUUGCUCGCUCCUAUGUCGAGCCCCAUGUGAUGCCGUACUAUAACGCUUAUGGCGCGCCAUAUGUCGAGACAGCGCGCCCAUACGUGCAGGUUCUCAAUGAGAAAGUCUACGCGCCCACUUCGCGCGUCGUCAAGCACGGAUAUGAGAGAUUUGGGGCACCCGCUUUGGAUAAAGCCCAGCUUUAUGGCCAGCAGCAGUGGGAGACGAUUGUCAUCCCACAGUUGCAGUCCGCUAAGGACAGAGCAAAUGGCUUGUACCAAUCUCAACUAUACCCCCAUGUUCAAACAGUCGAGGCGGCCUUGUCGCCAUCCUUCCAAAAGGCCAACGGCGCGAUCAAGUCUGCAUAUGGAGACUACCUUCUCCCAUUCGGCGCAAAGUAUAGGCCUUUCAUCGGUAAGACCUAUACAACGGGCCAGGAAAUUCUCACAACAACCGUACUCCCUUAUGCGCAAAACUCAUGGUCGGCGGCUAUCUACUUCAUUCAUAGUACAUUAUGGCCCAGAGUCACCGGAGUGUACUCUCAGAAUGUCGAGCCUCAGCUAGUUAAGAUCGGCGAAAGACUGGCAAGUUAUCGUGAGGAGAAGAGGCUGCGCCAGGUUGCAGAGGAAGUGGAAAGUGCAUCUCAACAAGCAUCAUUUCUCACUGCACCAAAGGCUACUGAGGUAAACGACUUGACGACGUCGUCCACAACUGAGCAAGCUACCGCAACGCCUACGCUGUCGCCUACUGAACAAGCUGCGAAAGCACGCAAUAGCAUCGAGACUGACCUGCGCACCUGGCAACAAAAGUUUGCUGUUGCCGCAGAGAAGGGACUCGAGGAUCUUGAAGAGCGCUUGCAGGAGAUAGUCGACGGGUUCAUUGGAAGUGGCGUUCGCGCACAUGGAGAAAGCUUGGCGACCGCAUUGGAGGCCGUUGUUGACAACGAGCUUAUAGCUCUUAAGCGUCAUAUCAACAACCUCGCCGAGUCCUUGCCCAAAGAAGACGUGCCACAAGAGGAGCAGGCAGCGACAAACGAGCUUUUUGGAAACAUCAAGGAAGCCGCAGUGUCUAUCCGGGACCGUGCUCAUGCCCUUCGAGAAUGGCGCCAUUCCUUCGACCAAGAGCUUACAAGGCGCGUUUCUUUCGCAAUCAACUCUACACUCGAUGUCCUGGAUAGCGUCCGUGAUCUCGGACUUCAAGAGGUCGGCAUGCGUUGGGCCUGGAUGGAUGGUGUUACCUACAAGGAUUGGGCUAGGUACCAUGCAUUGAAGGCGCAGUUCGAGGAAUGGAAGGAUGAGUUCUUGGAAUUUGGCCUUCAGCAUGCGAAGCUUGAGGAAGCGCGAGCAGUAGCGGACGAGAUCUUGUCGCACGGAAUGGAAGUUGCUGAGGCCGCCGCCAAGGAGCUGACCCGGCUGAGGGACGUUGGCAAGUGGAAGAUCGCUGCCAGGGAAGCAAGCGAUGACUUUGACACCAGAUCUGAGCCUCCGCCUUCGUUGCCUAAGCCUAGCCGCGCCCCCGAGCCUGUUGUGGAUGAAGAAGGACUGGCAGAUGAGUCAGCCGAUGCUGAGCGUCCGGAUGGGACUGUCUUUGCUUAUGAUGCUGCCUCUCGGGCCGUGAAUGACGGAUCUGACGGCGACGAGGAGAGUAUGGCAGAUGAUGAGGAGCAUUCUUCGCCCCAGGCUAACGGUGGAUUGCCUUCGGAGUACGCCUCGACUAGCCCUUUGGGUGAUAACCAGGAGGCCGAUUACCUGAAGGCGGCAUGGGGAGUAGCUGCGGCUGAUGUGAGAACACCGUCGGAAGACGAAACACCACAGGCUUCUGGUCCCCAAUUGUCGGCUGAGCAGCAACAGGCUGUUGCGGCUCUCAUCUCGGGUCUACUUGUGGACAAGGACUCUGCCUACGCUGAAGAGAUCAUGAACAAGCUGCACUCGAUUUACGGGACUCCAGCGCCAACACCAGAGCCUUCUGUAGCAUUUGACGACGCUUCUGAUGAGGUUAGUGAUUUCGAUGCAGAGGCUGCGAAUGCCCCCUUCCCGGAAUCCGAAGAGCCUAUCGACGAAACCGAUGAAGCCUCGAAUUCAUCAUCCGAAGCAGACUUCGAGUCUAGUGCUAUCGUCGACGACGAGGAUAACAACGAAGAGGUGCAAGAUACCCCCGAGUCACUCUCCGAGGAUAUCAAGAUAGAGGGGGUCGAAGAGGACUCGCCCAUGGAUGACGUCGAAUCGUCCUCCGCAACUCUGGCUUCCACUGCCAGCAGUGUUGUAUCCGAGGCUGAGGAAACUUUCAUCCCUGAAACAACCCCAGCCAGCGAAGACAACUCUGCAGAGGAGUUGUAACCUGAGACAAGACAGACAAACAAACAGGGUUGGCUGUUACUUGGCAAUUCUUUCAUGAUUUGAUAUCCCAAAACAUUCUUGUUAUUCGCUUGAUUUACCAUCUCAGGUCGGCCAUGAUAUUCCCCACAUAGUUCCCCCACGAUUUGUACGUCAUGAUAUAGCAUUUUCUAUUCUGCCCCUAUACCACCAGAACCUCCUCCUCCUACCUUUGCUGUGUACUAUGUGCUGUUUUUAUUUGUUUCAAUUCUUGUAACGGCCACUCGUGCUUCAACAUUUUCGUGCCCUUCUGGCACCCAAACUUUUGCUUUUUGGGAAGCGCUCAUCUCGCAUCCAAUCUAUCUUCACAUACACUAAAAUACAAUUUGCUUAACCACA